AGAGUGGAGUGGUGAGCUCCAUCUUGCCUUCAAGAUGGCUAUUGGCAACAUUUAUGUCAUUGCGGCCAUCGCCGUCAUCGGCGGUGGUCUUUUCGGUUUCGAUAUCUCGUCAAUGUCUGCGAUUAUCGGCACAAACACCUAUAAGUGUUAUUUCAACAAUGGAGGAAGUGUGACAAUCAAUGAGAACGGUGAAAAGGAAUGUGGAGGCCCCGAUACAAUGACCCAGGGUGGUAUUACUGCAGCCAUGGCUGGUGGAUCGUGGUUAGGUGCUCUGUGCUCUGGGUACCUGUCUGAUAUGCUCGGUCGUAAGCAAUCGAUCAUGAUUGGUUCCGUGAUUUGGUGCAUUGGAUGUAUUCUUGUUUGCGCCUCCCAGAACAUCCCCAUGUUGAUUGUUGGUCGUAUCAUCAACGGUUUCAGCGUCGGUAUCUGCUCCGCUCAGGUCCCCGUCUAUAUCUCUGAGAUCGCCCCUCCUACUAAGCGUGGUCGUCUUGUUGGUCUUCAGCAAUGGGCCAUCACGUGGGGUAUCCUAAUUAUGUUCUACAUUUCUUAUGGAUGUAGCUUUAUCAAGGGCACUGCCGCCUUCCGGAUUCCCUGGGGUCUGCAGAUGAUUCCUGCCAUCCUUCUUUUCCUUGGAAUGAUGCUGCUCCCUGAGUCUCCCCGUUGGUUGGCCCGUAAGGACCGUUGGGAGGAGUGCCAUGCCGUCCUUACCUUGGUCCAUGGCCACGGUGACCCUGACUCUCCUUUUGUGCAGAGCGAAUUCGAGGAGAUUAAGGGCAUGUGUGAAUUUGAACGUCAGAAUGCCGACGUGAGCUUCAUGGAGCUCCUCAAGCCGAACAUGAUCAACCGUACUCACGUCGGUGUCUUUACCCAAAUCUGGUCCCAGCUUACGGGCAUGAACGUGAUGAUGUACUACAUUACGUAUGUCUUUGCGAUGGCCGGUUUGCAGGGCAACAAUCUUCUGGUGUCUUCUAGUAUUCAAUACGUGAUCAACGUGUUUAUGACCAUCCCUGCUAUCUUGUGGCUGGACCGCUGGGGUCGCCGUCCCACUUUCCUUAUAGGUGCAGCCCUCAUGGCGACCUGGAUGUACGCCAAUGCUGGUCUGAUGGCCUCACACGGUCAUGCCGCUCCCCCGGGCGGUCUCAAUGGAACGCCCGCAGAGUCCUGGGAGAUCACCGGACCUCCUAGCAAGGCUGUCAUUGCGUGCACCUAUCUGUUCGUCGCCUCCUACGCCAUCACCUGGGGUCCCGCCUCGUGGGUGUACCCUCCCGAGCUCUUCCCCUUGCGUGUCCGUGGCAAGGCCAACGCUCUGUGCACCUCGUUUAACUGGGCCUUCAACUUCGCUCUGGGUUGGUUCGUCCCCCCUGCCUUCGAGAACAUCAAGUGGCAGGUCUACAUCGUCUUCGGUGUUUUCUGUACUGCCAUGUUCAUCCAUGUGUUCUUCAUGUUCCCCGAGACCGCCGGUAAGACCCUCGAAGACGUCGAGGCCAUCUUCACCGACCCCACCGGUAUUCCGCUCAUUGGUAUUCCCGCCUGGAAGACCAAGAACGAAUUCUCGCGCGGCGCCACCCUGGAGCAGGUUGGCUUCGACGAGGAGAAGAAGGUCGGAGGCACCGUCCAGCAUUCCGAGUCCGCAUAA